AUGAAUCCUAGUUUAGAAGAUCAAAAACGAUUUUAUGAAGUUUAUAAGAAUGAUUUUGAAAUGAACCACGUCAAUGCAUUUAUAUGUUUUCAUCCCGCAUCAAUGUGUGAAGUAUUUAUGCCCUUCAAUCGUACAUUAAUCGUUAUUGCAUCCACUCGCUACGAAUUAGGACGAUUUUCUAAAGAAAAAUGGAGAAAUUGGAACAAAAAUCUUCAAGUAAUCGCUUCGAAUUCUCGAAAUGUAAUAGCUGGUAACAAUCUGUAUGAUGCAGAAUAUAUAAGAUAUUUUACUGGUGUUAAAGCAAUUGUUUUACCAUCAUUAUGUGCUUAUACAAACGCGUCAUAUAAGCAAGUAAUUGGAAAGCCUUUUAUUAUUGCUCCUAUACAUGAAAAGAAUUUCCAUUCGAAAUUUAUGUCAAUGUUAACUGAUUCAUUUAAACAUUUGAAGAUAGCAGUAGCUGUUGCCCAUUUACGAGAUGUAUACAAAAGUCAUUAUAAAUAUUCUCAACUUGCUGAACACCCGGGCAUUAUUUAUGUUCCAUAUCAAGUAUCUGCUAUGAGUUUAUUUGAACAAUAUCGAAUGAAUAUUCCACUAUUUUUUCCAUCGCUUGAUCUUCUUACCGAAUGGCAUCAUACAUAUGGUGUUGUGAAUGAACGAACUUGGGAUAGUGUAUCUGGAAAGAAAAAAAAAGCUUCAAUAGUAUCAGGUGUUUUGGAUCCUAAUAUUCCUGAUCCUAAUAACGAAUUCGAUCUACAUGCAAUUCGUUAUUGGUUGAAAUUUUCUGAUUUCUAUCAAUGGCCACAUAUCAUUUACUUUAAUUCAACUGAUGAACUUGUUAUUAAAUUAACGACCACGAAUCUGACACAAGUUAGUUUAAAUAUGAAAGUAUACAAUGCUAAUUUAAAACAAUAUUUAUUCGAACAGUGGCGUCAAAUACUUCAGCGAAUAAAAUAA